GUAGAGAGUUUUAAGACUAUUUUUUUUUGUAUAAUUGAAUAAAGUUAAUUUAAAAUCAUGGCUGAUGAGGUUAAUAAUAAUGGUAACCUGGAGAAAUCCGAAAGUAAUCAAGGAUUAACGAAUCAAUCAGCGGAACCGAUUAGAGUGUUCAGAAUUGAAGUACUGCAUAUGAUUAAGGAAGCUCAACAACAGCAUGGUUUACGUCAUGGCGAUUAUCAGCGGUACCGUGGAUAUUGUUCCCGACGUAUACGGCGUUUGCGAAAAGCGCUUAAGUUCCCUCAGGGCGAUAAAAGGCAUUUCAAGCGUCGCGAUGUCACGUUUGCUGAACUGACGGGGAAGCGCGCUGAUGAACGUUUCAUUUAUAUACCUCUUAUAAGUGCCGAGAGAGCAUGGUCCUACGCUAUGCAGUUGAAACAAGAAGCGAACACUGAGCCCCGGAAGCGGUUUCACUUAAUAAGCAAGUUAAGAAAAGCUUGUGGAUAUGCGUUACAGCUGCAGGAAUUGUGCACGUUGGAAAUUUUUGACGCACGAACGAAGUUAGAGUGUGAAGCGUAUGUUGCGUGGAUGCACGGCACGCUGCACUUUGAAUUGCAGUCGUGGAAAACAGCUGGGGAACAUUUGAAACGUGCUCAAGUGGUGUACGAAAAUUUAGCUAAGGCUCUACCGGACGAUGAGCAGGAGUUAUAUAAGGCGAAAGUAAAUGAAUUUACUCCAAAUUUACGCUAUUGCGCUUACAAUAUCAGUGGCGGCACUAUGGGCGGUAACAUGGAUGAUUUGCUAGAAAUGAGAGCACAAGGCCUGCUAGAGAAUUUAGAUGCUUUAGUAAAUCAAACAAAAUCCGAAAGCAGUGAUGGUUUGCAAACCAUCGAGUGGCGCGGGCGUAAAGUUACUGUUCGUCCCGAAAAGGUUCGUUUAUUCCUUCUUAGCGCUCAGGAGUUGGAUAAAGGUCUUGAAAAAACCACAAAAAUUGAUGCCAAAAUUGAACUGAUUGAACGUACUUUAAUGGAUUGUAAGGAUGCCAUUCAAUCCGUUAAGGAUGAAAUUAAACAGGAUCCAAAACUACGUUCCUUGACUACUGGUCAACCCGUUUCUGGAGUUCAAUAUUUGUUGGCUUAUUUAUCGUACAUACGGCUUAAUCGUACACUACAGCGUAACCUAUGCUUAGUUGAGCAGGCAAAAGCCAAUUUUGAUGAUCCAAAUCAAAAAUCUCAAAUCGCUUUGGAUGGGAAAAGGGUGCGUUCUCAGGAUUUGGCACGUUUGUAUGAAAUCAUAUUGCAAAAUGUUAGCGAAAUGCAACAGAUUUUGGGCAUGGAAGAUCAUACCACGUAUCAACGUGAAAUUGAAAACUUGGCCUUAACGUUCAAGGCGUUCCGCUGUUAUUACAUCGCGCUCACCUUAAUCGACAUGAAAAAGUGGAAAGAGGCAGUUGCUCUCUACGAGCGUGCUUCAAAAUAUGCGACAGAGGCUUUGAAGGGUCCGUUCUGUGACAAUUUUAAUAUGUUAGAUGACCUUGAAAAGCUUGUAAUUACCAUUGACGGGUGCAAAUUUUCGGCACAUGCUUAUAGUGUACUUGAAAAUGAUAAUUACGAUGAUCCAAUAUUUACAUCCAAAUCGCAAAAAUCUUCCAAACCAUUAUUCGAACGAUUAUCUCAAUAUAAAGAGGAUCAAUCGCUAUUCACAAAGAAUCCUAAUGUUUUCAAAUUAACUCCCGAAAUGGAAGCCAUACCUUGUAAGCCCCUAUUCUUUGACUUGGCCUUGAACUAUGUGGAACUACCAUCGUUAGAAGAAAAACUGCAAGCACCCGAUAAAAAGGGCAUAUCUGGUUUCGUGAAAGGCUUUCUAGGAUGGGGUGGAAACAAGUAAAUUUUCGUAAUCUAUACAAAGUUGUAUUAACAAUUUUUUUUACUUAUCGCAAUAAAUAAACACUUUUUUUUUUUUAUUUGUAACUUGUACACAGCUGCACGGAGUAUAUGUAG